UUUUGAAGUAAACGCCUCUGUUGCCACUCCUCGCAGUGCAUGAUGGUCGGUGUACCGGUGCUACCUUCCUCUGUUAGGGAAUUUAUUGUGUUCAUGGUUCUUCUAAUGCUCCUCUGAUGGUGAAAAGGCGUGAUAUCGGCUGCCGUGUUUCACAUGACAGCUAGCCUUCUCGGAGGUAAGUCCCAAUGCCAUGGCCUCAAGUCACAGGUCCUCCCCAGUGCCUCGCUCCACAAAUAGACGCCGAGAUGAGAUUCAUCUCAAGGAGCAGGGCCUCUCCCCACUUAGCUGUCGGCCGAUGCGCUCCUUGCCUGAUGUCUGCCCCAAGGAGCCUACUGUUGAAUCACGAGGCCUGUGUAAUGGUCCGUCUGUGGUGGCAGAACAUGACCAGUGGACAGUAUACAGCUCUAAGGUUAACCUCCCCGCUGCACUAAAUGACCCACGGCUGUCCAAACGGGAGUCCGACUUUUUUACCAAAUCAUGGGGACUGGACUUCACAGAGACGGAGGUGAUGCCCUCUUUCUACCUCCCCAACAUCACCAGAGAACAUUUUGGGCCCUACCUGCAGGAGAUGACUCAGAGGGAACGAAUUCAUGAACGCUGCAAGACGAUAUGUCCCAACAAAGACGAUGGUGAUGUUAUCUCCUGUAUCGCCACAAACCAUGACAAAUCAAGAGAUGAGCUGGAACAAGUCCCAAAGAUAUUCAUGCGACCGGACUUUGCUCUAGAGGACCCGGCUACCUUCAACUCUGUCUUGCCCUGGUCACACUUUCACAGUGCUAGAGGGAAAGAUGUGGCAUCAUCCAAGCUGCUACAGGAAAAGCUGAGUCACUACCUGGACGUCGUGGAGGUCAGCAUUGCUCGACAGAUAUCGCUGCGAUCGGAGGCCUUUUUCCACGCCAUGUCCUCACAACACGAGCUGCAGGACAGGCUGCAAGAGACGCAGCGAGCCGUUGCCGUGCUGCGAGGCCGCAUGGCAGCCAUGGAUCGGGUCAUGUGCCAGGGACCUCUCAAGGCCCUCUGCACCGGUCUCACUCGCAACAACUGUGUGAAGCUGCACAACAAGCUGAAGCUGAUGGCAGCCGUGCAUCAGACACAGCCCACCGUGCAGUUGCUGCUCUCUACCUCAGAGUUUGUUGGCGCGUUGGAACUCAUCGCCACCACCAAGGAAGUGCUUCUACAGGAACUUCAAGGAAUCCACAGCUUCAGACAUCUCGGCUCCCAGCUUUGUGAGCUGGAGAAAUUGAUCGAUAAGAUGAUGGUGGAGGACUUCAGUAUGUACGCCCGCAGUGACCUAAACCGAAGUCUGCUAGAGGAACCACAAGUUAUGGAGAAGGAGCGUCUGGAGUCACUGGUGUUUGGUCUGCUGCGGCAGAGAAAGCUGGACUUUCUAGACAUUUACAGCAAUGAGAUGAUCAUAGCCGCAAAAGCCAUCGUCUCACAGUGUGUAGCAGCAACUCUUGUGAACAUUGAAGAAAUUGAUACGGAAGCUGUCCUCAAGCUAGCUGACCAGAUGCGUCUGAUGACAUUCCCUCAGUGGUUUGAGCUUCUGGAAAAUGUUUUCAACAAUUUAAUUCUCUUUCUGCAAAGAAUCAAGGCCACUCUAAAUGUGAUAAGGAAUGUGGCCGUGGAAGUUCUUGCCUCAACUCAGAAGAGCCAGGUAUUGACAAACUUGGGGGCGUCGAGCCAAGAUGAAUCUCAGGACCCACUGUUCCUGCAAGGGGAGGCUGAGCUGGCCUACCUCACUCAUGAGGGGCUAUUCAUCAGUGAUGCAUUGACUGAGGCCCAGCAGCAGAAGCGGCCAGGACCGGAUCAUAAUUCUGUGGAGGGCUCGAGGAGUCAGCAAGACCAGGUGGACAAUGAAGUCAGUGGCCCAGACCGUGGGAGCAAGGAGGACAAAGAGCAUAGCUUUAUGACUUGUGACAACAUGAAUCCUUCUGAGUUAGAGCUGAACUGUGUCAUAAAUAACAUCCAGGAGCUGCUAUACGUUGCCUCUGAUGUCGGCCACGAUCGAUGUGUGAAGGUCCUCACAGCCAGAGCCAAGGACGGCUCGCUGGAGCGCCUAAGUUCGGCGGAGUUUGUGUGUCUGUCACGGGCAGUGGAAGGUUUUGUCCGAGACACAGAGGAGCUGUGUGGCAGGCGAAGUGUCUCCCUGAGGGGGGCGCUGCAGACCCAGGCCAACCGUUUCGUUCACCGCUUCCACGAGGAACGCAAGACCAAACUGAGCCUUCUUCUUGAUAAUGAGCGCUGGAAGCAGGCAGAGGUUCCGGCAGAAUUUCAGGAUCUGUUAAAGUCCAUGGCUGAUGGCAAAAUUGUGCUGCAAAACUUCAAAACCUCAGGUGCAGAAGAAAGAAAGCCUGCAGAGUUUCUGCUUGUCAGUGGACAGAAAUACGCUGUUGCUGGGACGGUUCUGAUGCUGAUCCGGAUCAUUCUGGACUACUGUCAGUGUGUGAACGACAUCCCGUCCAUCGCCACCGACAUACUGACACGUCUGUCGGACCUCCUCAAGCACUUCAACUCUCGCUGUUGCCAGCUGGUUCUUGGAGCUGGAGCUCUGCAGGUCGUUGGCCUAAAGACCAUCACCACUAAAAACCUGGCAUUAGCUUCCCGUUGUCUGCAGCUGGUCGUUCAAUUCAUUCCCAUCAUCAGAGCACAUUUUGAGACGAAACUGCAUCCCAAACAGUUCUGCGUCCUCAGACACUUUGACCACAUCACCAAGGAUUACAAUGAUCACAUAGCAGAGAUUUCAGCUAAGCUGGUGGCCAUAAUGGACAGUUUGUUUGAAAAGGUUUUAUCAAAGUAUGAAGUAAAGGCUCCAAUGCCAUCAGCCUGUUUUAGAAAUGUGUGUAAGCAGAUGGCGAAGAUGCAUGAAGCUAUUUAUGACCUUCUACCUGAAGAGCAGACGCAGAUGCUGUUUCUGAGGAUCAACGCCAGUUUUAAAAUGCACCUCAAGAGGCAGCUGGCUCGACUCGGCGUUGUUAACGAUGGCGGCCCACAACACGGACUCGUCGUUGUGGACGUCGCUUUCUACACGGAGAACAUCCAGGUGCUGAAGAGCCUCGAGCAGCUCGACCUGAACAUGGCCGAGAUCUGGGAGCACAAGAGGUGAUGGCCGACGAGGUCUGGGCAUCCAGAUUGACCGACCCGACUCGCCUUUCUGGGAAAGGGGCUGACCCCGGCGGCCGACGACGACCUGGCUGAGGAGGACGGAGGGCCGAAGGGACCAAAAACCACAGAACCGGGAGGAGCAGCAGCAUGCUGGAACUUCAGCAGUUUCAAAGACUGAGACACUGGGAGCCUCCUUAAACCUGCUGCCACCUUAUCUCACUGUGUGCAAUUCAACAGAAAUACUAGUAAAUUAUUGGAACGCUUUAGUGGGAGUUGGACGGGGAUAAUAAUGACAAAACAAUGGGUUAAUUUAUUUUUCUGUCUUCUUGCAAACAUUGUAUUUUGUGAUUGACUUUUCCUCCAGCAGCCUGUUAUUUGACAGGAUUUUCUUACCUUUUUAUAUGUAAAACAAACAUCUCUUCUGGAUAUGUUCUGUGGGGCAGACCUUCAUUCAGAAUUGAAUCGAAAUCCAGACUGUGAAGGCAUCGCAUCCUCUUUUACCAAAGUAAAACGGCUUUUUAUUUGGGAUUUCUGCUGUUUAACCAAUCAUGUACCGUGUCUAACUGACUGAUAUUCAGAUACAGUUGCUGUGAGGAUCAACUGGGUAAUUUGAGGGGAUUUUUUUUUUUUUUUUUAAGACAGUUUUGUUCCUGUUAAAAAACGUUGGGGUUUGACAGCUGACUGUAGCAGCUGUCGGCUUCACCUUCUGCUGGAGAGCAUUUUUUUUAAAGAAGGAAAUCGAGCAGCUUUACUUCUAUUUUUCAUGUGGUGAAUUUUGGUCCUACAACUCGACAACUAUUCGACCACACAGCAUUGAGUCAAACAUCCUCAUUCUUCUUAAUUCCAGUACGGAAGCUGUCCUGUGUCAGAGCAUGAUAAUGAAGAGGCAAGCGAAAAACCAAGUUUUCGUACCUUGUUGUUUAUUGGCCAAUUAUUAAACGAUUGUUUAACUUGGUUAAAUUCACCAGAGCUUCGUGGCUAUCGCAGUAAAUGUCCUAGAAGAGCAAUUUUAACUCUAAGACAACAAUUUUUCUGACAUGCAUGAGAUUUCACUACAAGGUUCAUAAGUGAGUGUACUGUGGAGUUAAAUGAAACUGCUGAUUAGAACUACCGUGGAUGGCCUAUUAGACCAUUUUCUAGGACAUGCUGCUUUUUUUAUCUGCUGCUUAUAUUCGAUCACCUAAAGUUAUAACAAAUCAUAUUAUUACAGACAUUAGUGCAGUCUUGGGGAAUGGAGCAUUUCACAGCUGUCAACAACCAUGUCUGUUUCCUUCUAAUAUCAGAGGUCAAUUUGAGUGGUUAAGAUCACCAAGAAUGGAGUCACUACAGUUUCUGUUGCAACAUGUUCACUGCAGGUUGUGAGGUGAUUGUAUCAAGCAUUUAAUGCCCAGAAAUUUGCGGUGACUUGGUUUCCUCCAACCACCCAGCUUUUCUCUUUGUGUAUAAUCAAAGUUUAAAAGGAAAACGGCUGCUUGAUUUUGUCAACAUAACUGUCCUGGCCAUACGAUUUUUUUUUAAACUUCUCAUUCUGAGAUAAAGCCCUGAAUCUUAAUAUGUUGACAGUAUUAUUGAAAUCUUAUACGAAUCUAUGGAGGCGUUCAGUUGGGUGGUUGGAAGGCAGUUGAACAUAAUGUGAAAGCUGGCAUCUCCUGAAAGAGAUUCAAACUGAGAACAGAAAGCAUUAACACUCAUCACUGUCUGCUUCAGAAGUGCCUACUUUUGAUCUGCUAUCAGAGAUUACAACCUUUGAGUUCUCCCACAACAGUGUACUAUGCCGCAUAUGUGUGUGAACGAAUGAGUCGAGUAGCAUGGAUGAGUGUCCAGCAGAUGUUGAGUUCAUAAACCCUCUGCGAAUAAAACAGGAUGAUCAAAACACCUUGUCGGUCUGUUCAUGGCACAAAAAGAAAAAGUCGGCCAGAAAUGAAUUUCUUAUGGAUGUCAAUUUCC